AUGAGCAGUGGGCUUCCUGCUAGCUGGUUCACAGCCCAGCUGCCUGUUAGAGGCGGAACAAGCUUACAGGACCGUGAUAGAAUAAAUCAGGAACACAGGGAGCGAAAUAUGCGGAUUACAAGAGCUACACAAAACGAAAUAGCGUUACGCGACAUUUUCCAGGUUGACAAUGAACAGCAGACAUCGGGCAGGUCCGGACGCCAAGAAAUUGGUGGGAAUGAAGACGAGGAGGACGGAAUCGUUGAGGGCGAAGAGGAAGAUCAAGACGAUGGGGAGGACGAGGACGACGAAGAAGACAAGGACGAGGACGAGGACGAGGAAAACCGGGAUAAAAGCCCAAUUGUGGCCGAAUCAAGCGUCCAAAUAUCUCCGAACAACUGUGCUAGCACGGACGAGGAUGUGGCCAUGUCUGAAACGGAGGAGGUCGUCAACACAGCCCUCAUUCAGCGCUUUGAAGAGCAGGCUCACGAAAAGCUGAAUGAAUGUGUGCGAGUGAUCGAAGCUAGACGCGACGCUUUGCUACAGUCCUUCGAAUCCGACAACGUCCUUUUGCAACAGAUCCAGCACAGCAGUAAUCACGACACGACCGAUCCCGAUUUCAUUUCUAGCAUAAACAGACUGCAGCGCAUUCGAUUGCGAGCAAUAGAGAUGGAGACGCUGCAACUACAACGCGUGGAACUGUAUUUCAAAAACAAAAUGUCAGAAUUCAGGUCGCUGGUGAGAAACUACCUUAUGGCUCAAACGCGCGGCGAAUAUGUCGAAAACCCGCUCAAACUCUCAAGAAGCAUGUUCAAAGAUUUGAACCCCCAGUUGGCUUCUGGUAUGAAGCUCGCAUUGGCCGGGAAGGACGAGAACCCACAUCAACUAGACAUUGUUGGCCUCCGGGAACGACUUCUAUAUCCGUUACAUCAACCUCCAGCUAAAAGAAGAUUUCCACUAAGAAAGUUACCGGCCGAGAUCCUGAGUAUGGUGCUGGAUCGACUCUCUCAAAAAUCCGAGGUUGUAAAGCUCAUGACUGUGUGCAAGUUCUGGGCCGAAAUAAUAGUCAAGUUGCUGUACUACAGACCACACAUCAACAAAAAGUCUCAGUUAGAACACUUUAUGACAACCAUGCAACGGCCAGCUUAUCAAACCACGUUUAACUAUCGGGCCAUGGUGAAAAGGCUCAAUUUUUCGUUUGUGGGCGAUUAUAUGACGGAUGAGCAACUUAUACAUUUUGUCGGUUGUCCCAACCUGGAGCGAUUGACGCUUGUUUUUUGCAAAAAUAUAACGAGUUCUUCAAUAUCACUGGUACUUCAAGGUUGUAAGUAUCUCCAAAGCGUGGACAUAACUGGCAUCAAGGAGGUCUCUGACAGCAUUUUUAAUACUUUGGCUUACCAGUGCCAGCGUGUGCAGGGAUUUUAUGUCCCACAGGCCAGGGAUGUAUCCUUCUCUGCAUUGCAUACUUUCAUUACACAUGCGCCAUUACUCAAAAGGGUGAAAAUAACGGCGAACCUGAACAUGAAUGACGAAUUAGUCACUCUUUUAGCCACUUUGUGUCCGCUUUUAGUUGAGGUUGAUAUUACGCUUUCACCAAAUGUCCAUGAUCAGAGUCUUGUGACGCUGUUCUGCCAACUCACACAGUUAAGAGAAUUCAGAGUAACGCACAACCCCAACGUGACGGACAAGUUUCUAAAGCAAUUGAGUCUUCAGGUGGAACAUUUACCGGCGUUGAGACUUAUUGAUCUAUGCGACUGCGAAAAUAUCACCGAUAAAAGUGUAGAGAGGCUUGUAACCCUUGCUCCUAAACUGCGAAAUGUUUUCUUCGGGAAGUGUAGCAGAAUCACAGACAGCUCAUUGAUACAUUUGGCACGCUUAGGAAAAAACCUACAGACUGUUCAUUUCGGACACUGUUUUAAUUUGACGGAUAGUGGUGUGCGUAUUUUGAUUCAGUCGUGCCCUCGGAUCCAAUAUGUCGAUUUUGCUUGCUGCACAAACCUAACUAAUCGUACCUUGUAUGAGCUGGCAGACCUAACAAAACUAAAAAGAAUUGGAUUGGUCAAAUGCUCUCAAAUGACGGACGAAGGGCUAUUGAACAUGAUGGCCUUGAGAGGACGGAACGAUACCCUCGAGAGAGUUCACCUAUCCUACUGUUCCAAUUUGACUAUUUAUCCAAUCUACGAGCUUUUGAUGGCAUGUCCGAAGCUCUCGCAUCUUUCUCUCACAGCAGUUCCCUCAUUCUUGAGGUCUGACAUAACGGCGUUUUGUCGAGCUGCCCCUUCAGAUUUCAGCGACAACCAAAGACAGAUCUUUUGCGUUUUUUCAGGAAAAGGCGUUCAUAAGCUAAGGCACUACCUAAUGAGUCUCACAGUGCCUACGAAUGGGCCACAGACAAAUGUUCGAGAAGUCUUGACAAAUUUCAUCGUUUUGAAAAGCUUAAUCAAAGAAGGUGAGGAUUUAGAAGCAGGUAUGCGGAGAGUGGCGAGUGAGUUGAAUCAAGAGACACCAGCAAUUCUUGCAGCGACUCACAGCCUCACUCCUCUAAACGCCAUGAAUAAUAACGAUUUUGCAUUUCAAAACAUCAAUUUUGAGAGGCUGGAGGACGUCUUUUUCUCACUACAACGUGUACCACAAGAUAGGAUCUUGGACGAGCAUGACGUUGACAGGCUGUUCCCGCUCAUUGACGAAGAGUUCUGCGAAGAUCCUGACGCUGAACAAUUUUCUGGUGUGGACGGAUGUGUAGCGCCAGAAGCAUCGGAGGACCUGAACAGCGAGCUUGCUCAGAUGGUAAGAAAGUUCCACGAUUUGCAGGAGCGCGUUUGCGAUUUUGAGGUGAACGUCGCAAGUAUGGUAAGAGUGCAAUUCCAAUUUGCAGGUGCACUGCUUAAUGAAAUGACGCACAUAUACUUUCAGAUGGUCGAUCUUAAUCGGUGCAUUUCACAAAUACAAUCAAGAGUGUACGAAAUGGGAGAUGAUAGGGACCUAAAAGGCUUAACGAUCUGGCGCAUAAUAUGGCAAGAAAAAUUUGACCAUAUGUUAGAGAAAUACGAGCUCACGACCGUCGUUUUGAGGCUAUAUUUGAGGGACAAUGUAGCCGCACUAACUCGACAGCGGGAGCUGUUUUUGACACGGCAAAGAGUUCCUAUCGAAAACUUGAACGGUGCAAGAGGCGGGGAGUCUGGUUCUCCACCUUUAGAUACCAAUGGUUGGAAUGCGGAUCAGGCUGAUAGAAACAAUCCUUGGAGAAGAUUGGAGAUCCGUAAUGAAAUGCGCAUGGUCCAAUUUGGACUUCAAGGUGUUCCCGUUCCUCCAAAUGGAUUACCCCCGAUUCAGACCUUCUUUGCCAAUGAUAUGGCGCCGAUGGAUACUUCGCAGGAUGAAGAUGAAUAUUUAGAAGACGCGUGA